AUGGCGGCGAGCGACGAGGAGUUUGACGACGCGUUCGAUAGUAGUGUCCUCGCGCAGAUCGAUGUAAUUGAGGCAGCGCAUACGGGGGGGAAGGCGACACAAGACUCGCUGAGCGAGGGCGGCGCCGUCGACCCCGCGUGGGAAAAGGAGCUCCUCGACGCGUUCGACGCGCUCGACGACGAGGUGGCGCAGGGACGUGCGCCGUUUGCAGAGAACGGCCGGGGGCGGGGGGAGGGCGUGAAUACGGCGCCAAGCAGUACUGCGAACAAGGCGGCGCGCGUACUCGGCGCGCCGCCGAAUGUGCAUACCCCUGCCCCGAGACCAACACUUGCGACGCGUCCGAGUGCGGCGCGUCCGGACGCGCCGCGCAUGGCCGCGCCGGCGCCAAGCACCACACCACACAGUGCCCAGCGGCCCACGCCGCCCCACGCAUCGCCGCGCGUGUCGCCACGCGCGUCGCAGCUUACGCAGCAAGGGCUCUUUGGACAGGCCUACACGCCGUCCGCCGUCCAGUCCUCGCAGGGCAGCGUCUCGAUGGCGCCCGCCGGCCCGCCCUCGCAGAGCACCGGCGGGUUUGCGUGGACCGCCGUGAAGGAGUGGGAUCACAGCGUAUUUCUCCAAGGCAACCGCGUCACAAGGCAGGCCGACGACGAGGACGACGCGCUGUACGAGCGCCCGGCGACCGCGCCCCCGUUUGUCGACCACGGCAUCAAGCUGCAGAUCGACUGCGCAGCCGCACAGACGUGGAUCUACCCGGUCAACAAGCCGCUGCGUGCCUACCAGCUGAACAUUGUGCAGAAAGCGCUCUUUCACAAUGUCCUUGUAGCGCUCCCGACCGGUCUCGGCAAGACGUUUAUCGCGGCGGUGGUCAUCCUCAACAUGUUUCGCUGGUUUCCUCAAGGAAAGAUCAUCUUUGUCGCGCCGACGCGCCCGCUCGUGGCGCAGCAGCAGCAGGCGUGCCACAGCAUCUGCGGCCUGCCGUGGGACACCGCGAUCGAGCUCACGGGCAGCACGCGCCGCUCGCUGCGCGACGACGAGUGGCAGGCGAAGCGCAUCUUUUACAUGACGCCGCAGACGUUUGAGAACGAUCUGCUAUCGACGACGUGCGAUCCCAAAGACGUCGCGUGUGUCGUCGUCGACGAGGCGCACCGUGCUACCGGCAACUAUGCGUAUUGCAAGGUGAUCCGCCGCCUGAUGUACCACAACCCGCACUUUCGCAUCCUCGCCCUGACCGCGACGCCGGGGAGCCACGCGGACAAGGUCCAAGAGGUCGUGAACAACCUGCAUAUCAACCGCAUCGAGAUCCGGACAGAGGACGCGCUCGAUAUCCAGCCCUAUCUCCAUACCAAGCAUGAGCAGCUUGUCCGCGUCCCGCUCGGGCGGCCGCUCGAAGAGCUCCGCCAUGCAUGGACCGCGCUGAUGCACGUGUACCACGAGCCCCUGCUCAAGCACGGCCUCUUGCGCAAUGCAGACCCCAGCACCCUGCGCUCGUUUGGCGUGCGAGCGUGCGGCAACGACGCCAACGGCCGCGCGAUCCUCGCACAGAAGCCGUUUCUGCGCGGAAAUAUUGCACAGCUCUCGAGCAUGGCACUUGCGCUGCAGUACCUCGCCGAGGAGUCGGUGCGCGUCUUUUGCGACCGCGUCCAGGCGAUCAUCACGCCGAGCAAGAGCGGUACGAAAAAGGACCAGAUCUUCUCGCCGCAGAACGCCAAGUUCCAGGCGCUGGUCAUGGCGCUCGAAGGCGUGCAGGGCGACGACGCACUGCUCACGCACCCCAAGAUGCAUGCACUGCAAAAAGUGCUCCUAGAGCACUUUCAGGCCGAAGGCGAAAAGACGCGCGCCAUGGUCUUUUGCUCGUACCGCGAGGUGGUCACCGAGAUCGUGACGUUGCUGCAGGCGGCUGGCAUCCGCGCCACGCCGUUUAUCGGCCAGGCGACCGACAAAAAGGGCAACCGCGGCUUUACACAAAAGGUGCAGGAGCAGAUCCUCGCCGACUUUCAAAACGGCACGUUCCAAGUGCUUGUCGCGACGUCGAUCGGCGAAGAGGGACUCGAUAUCGGCGAAGUCGACCUCAUCGUAUGCUACGAGGCGGUGCGCGACUCGGUCCGUGCGCUGCAGCGUGUCGGCCGCACAGGCCGCAUGCGCGAUGGACGCAUCGUCGUGCUCAUGACCGAAGGGCGCGAAGAACACAAUUGGCAGCACUCGAAAGACUCGUACAAGAACGUACAGCGCCUCGUGCGCUCCGCAAACACGAUCGAGCUGUACACGGACGUCGACCGCCUCGUCCCAGAGGUCAUCAAGCCCGAGCCGGUCAUGUGCGAGGUCGCCCAGCCAAAGUUUGAGCCGGGCGCGCUCAAGGCGCCGCCCAAGCGCCGCGCCAAGAAGGCGGCGUCGCCCAAGCCGAAGCAAAAGGGGAACCUGCUCGCAUUCUGCAGCGCAAGCGAGCUGCGCAGGCACGACGAGCACCGCGAAGGCGGGGGGCCGGUGCGCACACCAUCGAGUGCGUCGCGCUCGAGCGCGACGGCCAACUUGUCGGACGACUCGGACGACGCUGAAAUCGCGAGCGGGCUGCGCGUCUCGUCGAGCAGCGCGUAUACGUGGCCGCCGUCGAGCCGAGACGAGCCAUGCGGCGAGGAUGCGCCGAGUCGCGAGAGCGAGCCGUCGAGUGGACCGUGUGAGUCGGCACGGCCCUCGAGUCCGUCGGUGCGCGCGCCAACUGCGUCGCGGGGCGCUGCCAAGGCGCCUGCUGCGCAUGCGACUGCGAAUGUGUCCGCUCGAGAGCCGAUCGCAUCCCGCGCCGCGCCUCGGUCCACUGUGUCUGGCGCGACGUCUGGAGCGCCUCGCAAGGAUCCCGCGCCCCGUAAGGACCCCACGCCCACGUCCACGCGUGCGCCUGCCGCCACCUCGGCGAGCAUGUCGGCCGCGUUCAAGAGCCCUGCGCCUCCUGCCAAGCGCACGCUCGGCGCGCGGCGUUCGCACGCGACGCCCUCGCCGAGUCCUGCGGCGGACCGUACCGUGUCGCCGUACUUUGCGCGCUAUGCGCCCCACCCUCUUGUCGCUGAGCUUGCCGAGCUUAGCCAGGACGGUGCCGAGGAGAUCGAGCGAGCCGCUGUGCCCGAGACCGAGGCCGAUGUGGACGUGCCGCCCCUUUUCUUCCUGUCGCAAGACUCGGAUGCGCCGCUGGCGCCCGGGCGGCCGUCGUCCCCUAUACCCGAUACCCCCCCGCACGCGUCGGUCUUGGCAAGUGGCGGCUCGUCGUCGCUGCAUGUCCCCUCGUCGCCUCCCGCCCGCGCUGCCCCCCGCAAAAAGCGGCGCGUGGCGCGGGGUGCACGCAACAUGCUUGUGGACGAGGAGGCUGAGCGCGAGACCGACAGCGACGAGCACGGCGAGUCGGACGAAGACGAGUCCGGCCCUGAUUCUUCCGACGAGAACGACGAGGACCGUGCGGCGGUGGGCGACUUUCCCGCGACGCAGCAGGCCGGGUACAACCAAGAGGCCGUGUACCUGCAGUCGAUGCUGUCGCAGCGUGCGCCGACGCCCUUCCGAGGCCGCGACCGGCUGCAGGAGCUGCUUGCGCGCCGUGCGGCGCUGCGUCCGUCGUCUGAGGCGGACAUCCGCUCCGACGACGAGUACUCGAACGACUCGUUUGUCGUGGGCGACGACGAGAUCGAGUGGGCCGACAGUAGUGAUGUGUAG